GACAGCAGGUCGGUCACGUGCUGCGCGGUUGCUAGGGAUGACGCAGGGCGCACGCAAUCUUCAGACGUCCGUUGUUAAGGGAUUCGUCACGGUGACGCGACGGGUGCUGUGUCCAGGCCAGGCCGCGAGGAGGCGCCGGGGCCGGAGAGAGAAGAAGGCCCGGAGAAGGGAAGGGGGAUGUAGCGCGCAGGAGCCGCCGGCAGACGAGCUAGAGCACCAUGAGAAGAUGUGCCGUUCUUAGACCUAGAAGAUGCCCACAGGAUGCAUGUGGUGUCAUCACCAACCAUUACUGCUGGACACCCAUGAAGCUAACCGAAAGCCAUAGAGGCCCUAUUAAGAGCAGGAAGCACCAUGAAGCCUGCAUACGAACGGAGCCAGGAAUGUCUUCCACCAAAGAAACGCGAUCUGGCCCAGAGCGCUAUGAACAUAGAGGUGCAGCCCAAGGUGGAUAACUCCUCGGCUAAUGACAGCCUCACUAAUGAGACCUCAAACUGGCCUAGAGGAGUACUGGUGGCAGCUGGACAAGGACAGGGAGUUAGGUAUGAAGUGUCCGGUGAAGGGACCGAGGCUGUCACUAUGGAUCAGUAUGGAAAUCUGUACAAACUUGCUGUGCCAUCUGCUACCUUCUCCCCAUCAGGCCUUCACUCUGUGGUGAACAUGGGAUCUCUUCCUCCCUCUUUUAAUGUAGCAUCGCCAUUAAUCCAGCACUCAGGCAUCACAUAUCCACCUAUUCAUUAUACCCCCAUCUCUCACACAUCUGUGCAGUUUCUUGGUUCUCCUUAUGCCGUUCCAUAUGCUGUUCCCCCAGGGUUCCUUCAACGGGCUGUAAUAUCGCCACCUGCUACUUUGGCUGCUUCUCAUGUUCCCCACUAUGUGCCAUAUAACUCCAUCUUGUCUGAAGUUGUGACCCCUCCCCCGCAGACUCCGCCACCUCACUCUUACAGCAAAGUUACUACAGCGCAAUCUCCCUCUGUGCUUAUGGGUGUGGUACCCGUUGAUGUCACAAAGGGAAGAGUCCCUGUGUUCUAUCAGCAUUCUUCUCAAAUGUCAGCCAGUUAUCCUGUGCAUGAGAUGCUCCUGACAUGUCCUCCCAAUCCAGUCCAUAGCCCAGCCAGCCACAGUGACAAAGAAGGUUUGAUAACCUCUACCAAUGGGACUCAGAGGGGGUCUGACUGUACCUCUGGCCGGCGAGGGAGCCAGACUGUAGACAGAUAUGUGCAUAAUACAGAUGAAGAUCAUAUGAGAGGUCAAGGUGACAAUCUGUUAGACUGUGAUGCGUACUCAGGACAUGUAACACCAAGGACAGAGGUUACUAUGAUGACCCACAGGAGCACUCCUGACACAGACUUAGAAGUGCAGAGAGUGGUUGGGGGAAUGGUUUCCCAAGAGUUCUGUGCACCUUCACUUCAGAGAGUUCAGAGGAAAGACCGGAUGAGUCCGUUAAAUCUUUCCAGCAAUAUUAAACAUGACUCAAAACGAGGAAGUCGAAAUUUUCCAAGUCCAUCAAGGGGAGAGCUCAGAGGUGUGUACAAUGUACAGCACACACUCAAAUACACAGAGAAAAAUGCACUUAUAUCAAACGGAGAGUCAACGCAAGGAACAAUGAGUCCUGCAGACAGCUUAGCGUCAGCCGCUUCCCAUCAUGCCUCUAAGACCCAAGGGACAGAAUCUCCACAAGUGGUGUGUGGAGACGCCCAAUCAGACAGAGAUUCUCCACAAGCAGGUCCUGCCCAGCCUCCACCUUCUACCACACUACCCUCGCACUUCAUGAAAGGGGCCAUCAUCCAGCUGGCCACUGGAGAACUGAAGAGGGUAGAAGACCUACAGACCCAGGACUUUGUGCGCAGCGCAGAGGUAAGCGGUGGCCUUAAAAUAGAUUCCAGCACAGUGGUGGAUAUCCAGGAGAGUCAGUGGCCGGGAUUUGUGACUCUUCAUUUUGUAGUCGGAGAGCAGCAGAGUAAAGUCUGCCUGGAUGUUCCUCCUGAGCACCCAUUCUUUGUGUAUGGGCAAGGCUGGUCAUCGUGCAGCCCCUCACAGACUGCGCAUCUGUUUGCACUUCCCUGCCAUCGGCUCCAAGUGGGAGAUGUUUGUAUAUCAAUAAGCUUGCAGAGCAUAACUAAGAACGGUGCGUCACCAGCAAGCAGUGCGUCCACACAUCCGGCCCUGCCGCACCCUGUUGAAAAAGCAGUGUUACAAUCUAGGGAGUGCCCCCUGUUGUCAGAAAGAGAUAGCGGUAAGCAAAAUCAGCUUCAGAACGAUGGCAUGGUGCAGGGUUCCUAUGCCCAAGCCGUGUGCCCUCUUCCUGCAGCUCAGUCAAGCUGGUCAAACCCAGGAGUCCAAAGAUAUAGUGGGCAGAGCAUAGAAGCCCGACCCUCGCCUUCACGACACUCUUUCAUUCCGCAGGAGGUAAAGCUGUCCAUUGAGGGUCGGUCAAAUGCGGGGAAGUAAUCAAUAGAUACACAAAUGCCCCAUCUGCAAGCGGAAUAGAUUUGCACAGUUAGAGUACAGGGAUAAUCAUGGAAACUGCGGCUGGCUCCCUGCGGCUGCUGGAGAAAUAAAGUGGGAGGGUACUGUCUCUAUUGCACAGAUACUGCCUGUUGUUCAGUAAGAAAAUUAAAAGCUUUUAUUUUCUUGGUAAUCUUUUGAACUCAAUCGUACUUCUAUACAUGUAUUGUUCUCCUCCGUGCUUUAUGCCUGGUGGGGGGAAGUGUAGGAGAAGGUAAAAUCAAUAUUUUCAUCAUAGGUUGAAGAGAAGAGACAGACAUUAUUUUGGUAUGAGUCUUCCUGGCAUGCUAGGCUUCCAGAAAAUGUCCGCUGGCUCUCCAAUCUCAUUGACCACGCUCUUUAGAUUACCAUUUUUUUUUGUCUUCAGUUGUUUGGGCACAAACACCUUAACUAGUUUUGUGGUUCCAACAAGGCGUGUUGUAGCAUUGUUUUUGCACCACUGCCUACUCAGGACAUCGGACGGAAACAGACCAGCUGACAUUCCUGAGAUAGCGGCUCACCGAGAUCCAGCAGGGUUCCUGAUCACCCAAACACACCCAAAGUGCAAUAAAAGGUAUAUAUCCAGUUGUAGCAUGGACCCUGGCUCUCCUGCACGAGACGUUAGAGAUUAUAUAUAUAUAUAUAUAUAUAUAUUCUCAGAUCUGGAAUACACUUGGCGUGUAGUAGUAGUAUAAUAUUUUUUUAUUGAAAACUUUCCACACUGUUAAAUUCUGCUUUAGGAGACACCUGUACCUAUUCUGGACAUCACUGGACACUACAUUCAUCCCCCGCUCCCAUCCCCUCCCCCAUAUCUCUCUAAAAAAAGACCAGAUGAGUCACUGGAUACAUUAAUAAGACAUAUAGAUAUAUAAAUGUGUGCGCUUAAACAGGAGGGCAAAUAAUAUGGAAAAGCAGUUUCAUAUCUCUGGUGUAUUGCGCAGGGGGUGGGGCUUAUUGUAUUGCUCAGUCUUUAAGUAACGUGCAAACAGAACGAUGGAAGAGUAAAGUGAGAGGCCGUGUUCCUACUGCCUCAGACUUCAGUGUUAUAUUAUAACAGGUACUGUUUCAGAGAGACCCUUUGUGCAGUCACCUAGUGUGACUGGAAUGGGACGCGUAGGUCAUUACAUCCAGUACCCAGAACACAAGUUUGAUAUAAUUAAUCAAUAACCUAUUAUGCAUCUUACCAAGCCUUAGACAUAGGCAGGUGCUUCUACCCUAUUGUGCUACCUGAUCUUUAACAGAGCAUUAAUCUAUAUUUUGUUGUGCUUAUUUUGUAACUGUUUUAAAUAAAUCAAUUUGUACUGUAUAUUUGUAUUCCAGCUGAGAAGCAUUUUAGUUUUAUUUUAUCUCCCCCCUCCCCCCCUAUUGAAAAUCUCUGUACCUGAGCUAUACAAAGACUGUAUUUUCCUGCUAAAUCACAUUUUACAUAUGUAAGCAUUAUAUGUACCAAAAUGCCUAUAUAAACACAUAGCUCUUUUU